CACCUCAUCCUCAAAAGUACACGUCACCCUCAACCGCUCACUUUCUCUUUUCUCUCAAAUCAAAAGCCCCUCUCGUUUUGUUUUUUCUCUUUUUUUUAAUACGUCUUUUUAAUCCGCGUCUCUGCUCUUUCAUCUUCUCUUGCCAAAAUCUGGGCAUGGUAAGUCGGCUUCUUUUUUGAUUAUUUUCGAACUUUAUUUUCUUUUAGUACAGAAACAAAAAAAGAAAAGAAAUUUGAACCAUGGAGCUGUACGACUCGGCCACGUCCGCGUGGAGUAGCAGCGGUAGCUCAUCGUCAUCAUCCUCCAAGCCUCCGCCGCAACAUCAGCAAGAUAUCGAUGGGCUGCUCGCCGAAGCUGGAUACAAAAUCCGGUCAUCGGACCUACGACAAGUAGCUCAGCGACUGGAACGACUCGAAAUCGCCAUGGUUAAUUCCCCAGCUGAUUUCUCUCAACUCGCUUCGGAUGCUAUCUACUAUAACCCUUCCGAUCUCGCCUCCUGGGUCGACUCGCUCCUAUCCGAGUUCACUCAGCCUGCUACUUGCCCCUCCGAAUUCAUCAUGGAUCCUGUAACCAAUCAGACGGUGGUAAACAACGUGUGGACCACCGACGAACCUCAUACGCCUCAGGUGCACCAGAAUAUUUCUUACGAGCAGCAAAGUUUGAAUCAUCAGUUGACGGUUGUAACGGCCAUGGAAGAAAAUUCCGGUAUAAGGCUGGUCCACAUGUUGAUGACGUGUGCGGAGUGCGUCCAACGUGGAGACCUCUCAUUGGCUAGUUCAUUGAUAGACGACAUGCAAAUGUUACUGACACGUGUCAACACCGUUUGCGGUAUCGGUAAAGUUGCUGGACAUUUUAUCGACGCUUUGAGCCACCGUAUUUUCCAAGGAAUUGGCGUCGGCUCUAUCAACGGUGGCUCCGUUUAUGAGAACGAGAUUUUGUAUCAUCAUUUUUACGAAGCGUGUCCAUACUUGAAAUUUGCUCACUUCACGGCCAAUCAAGCGAUUCUCGAAGCUUUAGAAGGUCACGAUUGCGUCCACGUGGUGGAUUUCAAUUUGAUGCACGGCUUACAAUGGCCAGCUCUGAUACAAGCCCUCGCUUUACGUCCCAGUGGACCUCCUUUACUCCGUUUGACCGGCAUUGGACAGCCGUCUCCAGAUGGCCGUGACUCGCUUCGCGAAAUCGGUUUACGACUCGCCGAGUUGGCUCGGUCUGUUAACGUCCGUUUCACCUUCCGUGGAGUCGCGGCUUCUAGGCUCGAAGACAUCAAGCCGUGGAUGCUUCAGGUGAAUCCAGAAGAAGCAGUGGCAGUUAACUCAAUCAUGCAGCUUCACCGCUUGCUUGGAUCCGAUUCGACCCGGAAUUGUCCCAUCGAAACGGUUUUGAGUUGGAUCCGGAGCUUAAACCCGAAAAUCAUGACUGUCGUUGAACAAGAAGCAAACCACAACCAACCUGGUUACCUAGACCGGUUCACGGAAGCUCUUUAUUAUUAUUCAACGCUGUUUGAUUCUUUAGAAGCUUGCACUGUUCAACCGGAAAAAGCUUUGGCCGAGAUAUACAUCCAGAGGGAAAUAGCCAACGUGGUGAGCUGUGAAGGGUCGGCUCGAGUGGAAAGACACGAGCCAUUGGCUAAGUGGAGGACACGGCUAAGUGGAGCCGGUUUUAGGGCAUUACAUUUGGGGUCCAAUGCGUUUAAACAAGCUAGCAUGUUGUUGACUUUGUUCUCGGCGGAAGGUUAUUCGGUCGAAGAAAAUGAAGGGUGUCUGUCUCUGGGUUGGCAUAGCCGCCCUCUCAUUGCAGCUUCAGCUUGGCAAGUCAUGCCUGAUCCGGCGGCCGAGUUUCUGGCCUGGGAUAAUCAUCAGUCAUUCUCAUAGGAGGGCAGAGUAACAGUAAUAACUAAGAACUUUCAGUAAAUAUGGGCUUCUUUAAAUCGGGCAAUUUGGUUGUUAUCAAGAUGUUGAGAUGGGUUCAUAUCAAUUUAAAUUUGGUGGUUUGCAUUGGGCUUAGAGUUGAAAUUAUUAGAGGUAUUUGUUUGUAGCAGUUUCUCAAACCCAGAAUCUAGCAGUGCCAUGCAGAUGCGGUGUGGCCAUAAGAGGCUGCCACUUUGGACUUCGAGUAAUGCGUGUCUGGACAUAAGUUGUUGCCAAAGGCUGAGGCAGACUCACUGGGUAAGCGGUACCUCACACUACCUAAAUUGGGGAAUUUCUUCGGACACCUUUUUCAUGUUGUGAGUGCUGGUUGUGACUAAACAUGACCCCCCAAAUUUCUCAUCCAACCACCACAUUUUCUUUAUUUUCUUAAAGAGAUGAUCAGUAAUGCUGCUGGCAUUUGUGACACUAUUUGGAUACUGAAGAUGGGUGCGUAAGCCACUGAAUCUGCCAAAUCCUUCUGUAACAAAACUAACCAUAUAUAGGAACAGCUAUUUACUUUUCUACACUCUGUUAUUACUUUAUCCCAUGCCUUUAAUUUGCCUUAUAAAGGUGAAAAUAUCACCCGACAAGAGUUAACCAAAAAUAAUGCACUGCAUCUUCCAAGCUAAACCAAGUUUUCGAUUCUUUCAUUUUUAAUAAAGUCAAAUGUGAGUCUAAGUCUAACCAAUUGACUUUGAUGCAAAACAAAGCUGAAAAGGCUUAUGUAAGUUGAGUACUUAAUGGCAAGCAUGCAUGAAAUUAAUCACACGUGAAAAAAUGGGUUUCAAACGGCGUUGCUUCUUCCUCUAUAUCAUCUUUGCUUAGGUUUUUAAAGGAUGUGUAAUGGUAGCAUGGGAGAGAGACGAUGCAUGUGGGUUUUUUGAAAGCAAAUUAAGCCAACGGGGUCCCCUUACCGAAAUAAUGAGACAGAGCAACCCCAGAGCCCAGACCCAGAGAUGGCAAAGAGAGGAAGACUACUCACAUGAUAGACCUGUCUUUCCCUGUAAACUGUAAUGUCCCGUUCCCUUACUGUGGCUGAC